UACAUUGACAAUAAAGUAUUCUAUUCUAUUCAAGAAAUGAAGCAAACUUUGAAAAUCCACUGUGCGCAUGCGCAGAACCACAAAGUAGCAUUUCUCGGCAGGGAGCGAGGAUUGGCAGAACACCGGCGCGAUCGUAACGACACAAUGUCACGUGACUCGCCUCGCCUGGUCAUAUGAUCGUCUUCCCGUCUGCCGUCAACUUUUCCCAAACAAGCGAACAUGGCGGACCUGGAGGAGCGGCGGAGUCUGCUCGGAGAGGACGACGAGGGCUCGUACGCGGCGCGGCAGGCGGGACGGGGAGCCGGCAGCCCGCUGCCGGCCGCCUGCGACCCCAGCCGGCUCCUGCACCGCGUCCUGGUCCUGAUGGUCAUGUGCUUCCUGGGCUUCGGGAGCUACUUCUGUUAUGACAAUCCAGCUGCACUUCAAACUCAACUCAUUCAGGAUCUGAACCUGAACACUGCAAAGUUCAUGCAGCUGUAUGCCUGGUAUUCCUGGCCAAAUGUGGUUCUGUGCUUCUUUGGGGGAUUUCUACUUGACAGGGUCUUUGGGAUCAGAUUGGGAACAAUUAUCUUUUCUCUCUUUGUAUGUGUUGGACAGGUUAUAUUUGCUACCGGAGCUUUGUUAAACCGCUUCUGGCUCAUGGAAGUUGGACGUUUUGUAUUUGGCAUUGGAGGAGAGUCUUUGGCUGUGGCUCAAAACACAUAUGCAGUCAACUGGUUCAAAGGCAAGGAGCUCAACUUGGUGUUUGGCCUUCAGCUGAGCAUGGCUCGACUGGGCAGCACAGUGAACAUGAACAUCAUGGGUUGGGUUUAUAACAAAGUUGCCGUCAUGGUUGGCUCAACUGGCUACACAGCGCUAGGUGCAUCACUCAUGAUCGCCGGUGUAACCUGUCUAUUUUCACUGAUCUGUGCAUUGGUGUUGGCAUUCCUGGAUAAGAGAGCAGAGAGGAUUCUCCAGAAAGAACAAGGGGAAACAGGUGAGGUGAUCAAGCUGACUGAUGUGAAAGAUUUCCCCUUCACCCUGUGGCUCAUCUUCAUCAUUUGUGUGGGUUAUUACGUCGCCAUUUUCCCUUUUAUUGGACUGGGGCAGGUGUUCUUCAUUGAAAAAUUCAACUUCUCCCCAGCUGAAGCCAGAGCUGUCAACAGUAUUGUUUACAUCAUCUCAGCACCCGCAUCUCCAAUUCUGGGUUUUAUUGUUGAUAAAACUGGGAGGAAUGUCAUUUGGGUAUUAGUUGCUGUGGUUGCAACACUCGGCGCUCACAUGAUGCUGGCCUUCACUUUCUGGAACCCCUGGAUCGCCAUGUCUCUGCUCGGCGUCUCAUACUCCCUGCUGGCCUGUGCACUGUGGCCCAUGGUGGCCUUUGUGGUUCCUGAGCAUCAGCUGGGCACAGCGUAUGGCUUCAUGCAGUCUAUCCAGAACCUGGGACUUGCCCUCAUUGCCAUGGCAGCAGGGUCCAUCCUAGACAACAAAGGAUACCUGGUUUUGGAAGUAUUUUUUUGCGCCUGCAUUUGCAUUGCACUGAUGGCAGUGGUGAUGCUGUACUUUGUGGAUUAUCUCAAAGGUGGAGAUUUAAACCGGUCAGCCGCAGCCAGAGCCAAACUCCAGAAAGAAGCCACUUCAGAUGCAGAAUGAUGAUGAUCAUGAUGAAGAACGAACACACAUGGUCCUGGGCUUCAGAGCCAGCUGGCUGCACUGUCCACCCCAGAGCUUUCAGUCGUCUGCCAUGGGGCGGGACUGCGGUACUGACUCCGCCCAGUGAUGUCAUCUGUGGUUCUUCGCAGCAGAACUGACUGUCUGGGAUUGGCUUUUGCAUAACCGUAUAUAGAUAUCUGAUAGGGUUUGUAUCAGGACGCUAACAAAUGACGACCCAGUUUGGACCCGAGUAUCUCAGACUUUAUUUCUGCCUGUGCUCACUCACCACUGACUCCUCUGUGUAAAACCACAUCAUGAAGUUUCUUCACUUUCCGAAGAAGGCUAAGAAAGUUACUGAUUUUAAACCUUUUUUUAUCAGGUGGGAUGGUGCUUAUAUCCUUUUGUAAGAGUUUUUAAUUUUAUAACAAGCUGCUGCAAGUCGUGAUAUGGGAUUUCUAUAUCAGUUUUUAUAUUUUAAGCAUCUUUGUGGAUGCCAUUGUCAUUUUACAAGUUGUUUUCAGCAGGACUUUGUUAGCUUGCUUAUUUCCGACCACUCAGCAGCUCUUUUAUGGUCAUAAAUCACAAGUCGGCACUCACAAUAACUGCCAACUCUCCCACGAUACACUUUUUCUUAUUCAGUUUUAAUCUUGUAUAUGCACCAUAAACCUUUUUUUUAUUCAUGUAAUCUGGAAAAGAGCAAAGCUCUUCACUGUUGAAUAUUUAUUGCUUUACUGCUAAUAUCUUAAUUUUUAUCUGCUUUUUUGAGCUAACGGCUCAUAAAACUGUAUUGUAUGCCACAUCAUUAAAUGUAACAUUAUGACAGUGAUGAAAAUAGGCACACUUUUGAAUGCUUUUUCCUCGAUAUAUUCAAAAUUUCAACUCUUUUUGAUUAAUGUAACCUUUUUUUUUUUAAAAGAGACAAGUUUUUGAAUAAUGUACAAAGUCUUUGCUGAUUUAUCAAGCUCAGGUGAUUAUUUUGCUAUAAGCUCUUACCCAAACUGCUAGCUGCUUCAUUUAAAUAGUAUAAAGUCCAUGCACACUGCUCAACUCAGUAUUCCAGUGUUGUGGUUGGAGGUUUGUUCUCUGUUCUCGUAUCAGAGUUACAAACUGUGGAUGAUAAACAUUCACUACCUCAUUUGGGGAAAAUAAAUCAUUUAAGAUUUGUAAGAAAAUUGUUAAAAUAUAAUUGCUUAUUGAUUAAAUGAACAUGGCUGUAAAAAGUCAAACGCACUGCUCUCCUCAACGUUCACCUCUUUGGGCUUUGUUGUCGUGAUGCAGCAUUAACUGUUCUGUGUAUGGAAGUUUAAAUUGAGAAUUUGCAGGGAAUAAAAAAGAAAACAAGAUGACCUUGUGUUUUUACAGACGCAAAUCUCAUCAAAUACAAAGACCUGUGGCAUUCAAUUAAACAUGGAUUAUCAUGAA